UUGCUACAGUUCCACAAUCCCCUUUCCCCUUCCAUAGAGGGAUGACCAUGCCCCUCAACAGGUCAGGGGGAAUGGUACCUGACUGCCAAAUGGCAGUCAAAACUGCAUGCAAGCCCCGAGGUAUAGGUUCACCCCCAGCCUUUAGAAGUUCACAAGAGAUAUCACAUAUGCCUGCUUUUAUGUUGCAUAGGCUUGUGCCCUCAGUGUCUGUGCCCCUUCCAGACUUGGUGAAGAAGGGAAACACAAUGGGCACACUAUCAGUUUAUUAUUUCCUAAGGAGAAAUACAGGGACAGCUGUGACAAUAAUAAAGGGAGAUGUCCAGGGUGUUGCUCAAUCAGCCUCUGACUGUCCUCUCGGCAGUGUCCACGUGCUGCCAGGCGUACAACCUAACAAUGUCGUACUAUUUGAAUAUCACACACCUGCAGCUUUCCCACACUUCAGCUUGGAAAUGUCUGUCCUAACCUCCGUUAGGUUAGGAGGUUCUUCGCUAUAUUGUGAUUUGGAGUGUCUACCUGGUACAGCUACUCAAAAUACUCAGUCCCAAAUUUCACGAAACCUCACUGAAAUGAUCUGUCCAUCCACUAACAGACUGCAGUCAUCUGCGAGACUUGCUAGGCAGGGCGAAGGUCAUUUACCAAAAAUGGCCUUCAACCUCCUCUGCAAGAUUCCUGAACUGUUCCUUGUCCCUUCUCAGCAGUGUGCGAGCCCUACACACC